AUGAGUGGCAAAGCUAAUCCACCUGAAUUAAAAAAAUUUAUGGAUAAACGAUGUCAAUUAAAAUUAAAUGGAAAUCGAACUGUCAUUGGUGUGUUACGUGGCUUUGAUCCAUUUAUGAAUUUAGUUAUCGAUGAAGCUGUCGAAGUUGUUAAACCUGGUGAGAAACGUCCAAUCGGCAUGGUUGUCGCACGAGGAAAUAGCGUGUCAAUGAUUGAAGCUCUUGAACGACUUGCUUGA